AUGGCGGAUGCAGUUGUGUCCCCUCUCCUCAAGGUUCUGUCUAACCGGCUGGAUUCUCUUGCUGAAGCUCUUGGCUAUGACGUCAUCUUUAAAAAGAUGCGGGAUGCAUUAGGUUCGUUGGGAGCACUAGCUAGCCAAGUGGAAGAACAACCUCUUGGCAACAACCAGUCAAUCCAUCUGUGGCUAAUGGAGCUGAAAGAAGUGGCUUACAACGCCGACGAUCUGGUUGAUGAUUGGGAGCUAUUGGCCAUGAAGAAGGCUACCACAACGACCAAGGUAGCCAAUUGCUUUUCCCUCAUGUCUGAUGUGUACCGCUACAGAAUCAAGCACAGGAUGAAGGAUCUGCAAGCAAGAUUCGACGAAAUCUUAAAAGGAGGGACUGCACUUCACCUUCUUGCAACUGUUUCUCAAACUACAGAGAGGAUCCCCGGUCUCAAUGUGAACGUCCAAACUUCUUCUUACAUCUCUGAAAUAUCUGCUGUUUAUGGAAGGGAUGUUGACAAAGAGAAAAUACAAGACAUGCUAUUAUGGGACGGCGACCAUGAGCAUCAGCAACAAGAAGUUCGUGUGAUCGCACUUGUAGGCAUGGGAGGAAUUGGAAAGACAGCUCUUGCACAAGUCAUGUACAACGAAGAGAGAGUACAAAUGAGUUUUGAUUUAAGGAUUUGGGUUACCGUGGGUGAGGAUUUUGACCUCAUGAGGAUAGCUGAAGCGAUCCUGUAUGUUUCGACUCACAGCUCACAGAAGUUCUCCAACAUGGAUGCAUUAGAGACAGCUGUUACUAUGGAAUUGCGGGGGAAGAGAUUUUUGUGUGUGCUUGAUGAUGUGUGGUGUGAAAAUCUGCACGAAUGGGAGAUCUUAAGGAGAUGGUUCAGUGCAGGUAAUUCAGGAUCUGCUGUUAUGUUAACUACACGCAAUGCAAGAGUUGCAAAUUUCAUGACAGAUGGUGCUGGCCUGUAUUACUUAAGAGCCUUACCUGACACAGACUGUUGGGAUUUUUUCAAAAGUUUAGCAUUUGGAUCUUUGGAUAAAAAUGUUGAUUUGGAAAAGAUCGGUAUGGAAAUUGUUCGCAAGUGUGGGGGACUGCCUCUCGCUGUUAAGACCCUGGGCAGCUUACUGUCCUACAAAAAACAAGUGCACGAGUGGUUGUCAAUCCUGGACAAUGAUGCACGGGAUUCACUCGAACACUGUGUCUUACCAGUUUUGAAGCUGAGCUACGAUCAUCUUCCAGCACAUCUCAAGCAAUGUUUUGCAUAUUGUUCAGUAUUCCCAAAGGAUUAUGCAAUCAACAAGGAAAAAUUGAUCCGGCUGUGGAUUGCAGAAGGUUUUGUUGAGUCAAGUACCAUUAGGAAGGAGUUGGAGGACGUUGCUGAUGAUUUUUUCAUGGAAUUGUUGCAACGGUUUUGUUAA